AUUUCAAACCGAACCUUUACAAAAUACAGUAAUGGCGUCAUUCAGCAACAUGGACAUAUUUUCUCCGGCCCCUUUUUGGCAAAAUGGUCCAGCACCAGGGGCUAUUUACAAUUUCCCAGGGAGAGUUGUCAACCACAAUGCCAGCCCCAUCCAGGUUUCACAGUCUCCAGUGACGACUGGCACGUCAGUCGUUGGAAUGCAAUUCAAGGAUGGUGUCAUGAUUGCUGCUGACAUUCUAGCGUCUUAUGGAUCACUAGCUAGAUACAGAAAUGUCGAACGUAUCAUGAAAGUCAAUGACAAUAUUAUUAUGGGAGCUGGUGGAGAUUAUGCUGAUUAUCAGUAUCUCAAGAACAUGAUUGAUCAGAAAAUUCUCGAAGAGCAUUGCCUUGAUGAUGGCUUCACGUUGAAACCGAAAUCCCUCCACUGCUGGUUGACACGAGUUCUCUACAACCAGAGAUCGAAGUUCGAUCCCUUGUGGAAUAAUUUCAUAAUUGCUGGAUUCGAUAAUGGAAAACCAUUCAUGGGAACAGUGGAUAAACUUGGAACAGCCUACGUCGACCCAGUAAUUGCCACUGGUUACGGUGCCUACAUGGCGACUCCAUUACUUCGCAAAGGACACGAGGCAAAUCCAGAAAUGAGUGAGGAAGAGGCCACUCAGCUCCUCCACCAGUGCAUGGAGGUCCUCUACCUGAGGGAUGGCAGAUCAUUUCCCAAAUAUCAACUGGGAGUCAUCACGAAGGAGAAAGGCAUCGAAAUAAAGGGACCAAUCGACGUCAAAGGACACUGGGCCAUUGCUGGAAUGUAAAUUGUUGAAUACAUUAUUCAAUUAUAUUCUUCAAUAAUUCGAAUAAUUCAAAUCUUCAUGAAUAAUCUUUUUUAAUUGAUGAAUAAAAAUUCGUAAAUAAAAAUUGCCCAUUGGAAGAGAA